UUCGUACGGAAAGAAUAUCCAAACAAGCACCACAGCAUAACUUGUAAGCACGCACUAGUAAUUUGUACACGUCAAAACUAAAACUAAUCUUACUCCUUAAUCCAACGGCUGAGAUAAAUUGUUUGACUUCAAGAUGCACCGUAUAUUCCAUAGUCCUCACCACAUCAAAUCAUUUAACCCUCUCAAUUAAAAACCCCACUCACAUUGAGCUCCCAAACAGUUUCCGAAAGAGAUAGACUGACAUGGAAACGGCGUCGUUUAAUCCUUCUUCUCCGGCGAAUCUUCCGUCAUUUCUCCUCCUCUUCCUCGCCGUAUACCUCGUCGCAUAUUUCCUUGUUUUCCGCUCAUGGAAAUCAUCCCAUUUAGGCGCCAGCUGCUUAAUGUCUCUCUUCCACGGCACUCCCGCCGUCGUAAUGGCAUCUCACGCGCUUCUAACAUCCCCACGCGCCUCCGCAACAUCGCCACAUUCCUUCGCAUCUCCCAACACCGCCGUGGAAUCCACCGUUCUCGAUUUCAGCAUGGCUUACUUCACGAUCGAUCUCCUCCACUACCUAAUCUUCCUCCCCAACGAUUUCCUCUUCAUCGUCCACCACAUCGCGACGCUCUACGUCUUCGCCACGUGUCGAUUCGCCGUCGGUCACGGAGCUCACGGGCUUCUCCUACUCUUGAUCCUCGCGGAGGCGACGAGCGCGUGCCAGAACGCGUGGACGAUCGCUGGGUAUCGGAAAAACGACGUCGUUUUGGCGAGGAGAGUGAGAGAGCUCUUGUCUCCUCCUUUCUACUUGUUCUACACGGUGGUUCGGGGGUUGGCUGGUCCGGUGGCUCUGUACGAUAUGGCGGCGUUUUACGGCAGCGGAGCGGCGGAUGGAGCUAUUCCACGGUGGGCUUGGAUAUCGUGGCUCGUUGUGAUUGGCUGUGCUAUUAUGCUUAGUGUUUUGUGGGUCUUACGAAAUUGGGUUGAUUGGUUUAGAGAGAAAAACUCUAGCAAGAAAUCUAUAUGAAAAA